AUGGACUCACCGCCGGAUUAUGAGGCCGCAACGGGUCGCCUCCUGGCGUCUGAGGAGCGGGAAUUCAGCCCGGUCGACUCUGAACAGUUUGACAUUGAGGAGCCCGAGUUCGAGCUGCACAGCGCGCCUUCCGGUCGUGUUCGCGGGGGCGCCAGUGGGGCGGCGCGCUCGGCUGUGCUGAUAUUUAAAAACAGAAUGGUUAUUCCAGUACGUCACUUUGUCGUAGAUCCAGUUUAUCAACUGUGGAUAAAACUCGGUGCUAUCACGAGUCAGCUGGUUGGUCGGUUCAUGAAUCCACUUUUAGCAAAGCGUUUUCUCGUGUUGUUCUCCGUAGUGGGCGCUUUGGUCUUUGUGUACUGGAAGUUCGGCAACAACACGCCCGCCACCAGUUGGUUGCAGCCCGAAGUGCUGCAAGCAUCCUUUGCUACCUACGUUUCGCGAGAGUACAUGCGCCAUACAUCAAACUACCUGCAAAACAUGACCCAUGUCCCAGGCACGUCAGGGUCAACUGCCACGGCUGAGUUCUUGAAGGCCACGUGGGAAUCCUAUGGUAUUGAUGAAGUUGAAUUGAAUAUGAACAUUGUAUUUUUAACCUUCGCCAACCAGUCAUCUCUCGAACUGUUGAACGACAAAGAUGAGAUCGUCUUGACAACUGUCUUGGACGAAGAUUCGGCAUUGGAAUCUCCCUUGGUGUCGCAAAAACAACCUAAACCGCAUAUGGGACUUGGCGUGAGUGGUGACGUGAAAGGACAUCUAGUUUAUGCGAAUUACGGCACUAACGACGAUUUUACUGCACUCGAAUCAAGUGGCGUUUCCCUGAAAGGUGCCAUUGUAAUUUUCAAGCACGGAAAGACUGAUGCAUCCACUAAAAUCAUGGUGGCAGAAAAGCUUGGUGCAGUUGGUGCGCUGAUGUUUAGCGAAAAGCACCCCACUCUUGCCGCGUGGCCAGAAGGCCCUGACUACAGUGAAGGCGCUGUUCAAAGAGCUGGUAUGGGUAUCGCGGCCAUGCUUCCCGGCGAUGUACUAUCUCCAGGCUGGAAUUCGCGUAUUGGGAUGCGAGUCGAAGACUAUCACGAGUGCCGCAAUCUAAUCCAAAUUCCAGUGAUUGGUCUCUCAUGGAGGCAAGUAGCCCCUUACCUUAAUGCGCUGGUUGGACACGGCUCUCAAAUACCAGAAUGGCACAACAAUGGAUAUCCACGUGAUGUGAAUGAAUGGUGGACGGGAGAUAGCUCUUCUCCCCAGGCUCAUUUAGCUGUUGACCCUAUUGUGCUCGACAAGAAGCAGGUGUCCAACGUCAUUGGUAUGAUGCGAGGCACCGAGCAGGAAGAACUAUCAGUAGUCAUCGGAGCUCGCUACGACGAUGUCUGCUUUGGUGGUGUGGCUUUAUCUGGCAUCACCGUGCUCAACCAAGUCGCCAAGGCAUUGGCCAGUAUGCGUUACAAUACAAACUGGCGCCCUCGGCGCUCAAUUUACUUUGCAGCAUGGACAGGAACCGCAGAUAAUUUCAUUGGAUCUACCGAAUGGACUGAGGCGGUCCGAGACCAGCUAAUCAACACCAACACUCUUUACAUUGAUCUCGAUCCGGGUGCAUGGGGUCCCAAUCUUGACAUCAAGGGCCAUCCUUCAAUUGAUGUUGAAAGCAUUUUAAAAGUUAUCGAUGACCCCAAAGAUGGCAGUAAUGAAAAUCUGCUUGAUACCUGGCGGUCCACCCAUGGAACUGACAAUGUGCCUGAACUGCCUGUCCACGUGGGCAAUUAUAUGGCUCUCAGCUCUCAUGCAGCAAGCCCGUUUAUUUCUCUUGGGUUCCGUGGUGAUGUCUAUCCUGCUGAUAGUUGUUUUGACACUCAUGAGUGGCAGAACCGAUUUGGUGACAGGGAUCUGCGAUACGCGGAGGCACUGGCCAAGAUUUGCGGGUACCUGGCAAUCCAGUACUCUGACGAGCCAAUCCUUCCCUACAACUUUGAACGCUUUGGUAAUGCCAUGAAUAGCUAUCUGGACGAUGUCAAAGAUUAUGCUCACGAGCGAUUCGGAAAACUGGUUGACGACAUAGACUGGCAGGAAGCGCACAGCUACGCCAAUUCCAUCUCGCAGAACGGCAUUGAGGUCAACAAAAUUGUCAGUGACUGGCUCUCAUUGAUGCAGCACUACGACAACAAUGCGAACCAGGAGCCGCCGACCGUGGCCAUUUACCGGCAUAUGCUCAACAACCGCCUGGUGAAAGUGCACAUGCAAGGCUUCGACCGCGUGGGGCUCCCCAAACGUGAGUGGUUCAAAAACCAUAUGUUUGGGCCCCAGUUCGUGCCUCCGCAAAACCGUGCCCUCGGCGGAACGUUCCCAGGUCUCCGUGACGCAAUCGCUAGCGGUAACUUUGAAUCUGUUAUUGAACAAGCAAAGCACGUUUGGCAAGCCAUUGGCCGAACCGCAGCUACGUUCUUAGAAUAG